CCGCGCUCGCGCGUCUGAUUCGGCUGACGGACAGGUGUGCGCUUUUUUUAAGUGUUUAAAUCCAUCCAGAUGAAGAACUGCACUCAUCCUCGACUAGUGCCGUUACAGAGGGUUACUUUCUGCGAGUGAUGUGCACGAGGAAAAGGAACGGAAAAAGUGUCUGCACACGAGUGUAAAGAUGGUGUUUGUUAAAGAGGAGAGUGAAGACGUGAAGAUCGAAGAAACACGAGUCAAACGUGAAGAUGCCGAGGAACAAACAGAGAUGGAGUUUAUUAAAGAAGAGAGUAAAGACGUGAAGAUUGAAGAAACCUUGAGAGUCAAACAUGAAGAUAGCGAAGAACAAACAGACCCGACGGCACUAAACGAGAAGAGUCAAGAACCGAACGGAACGGAGGAGAAACGUCAAUUUGACAAUCAGCAUGAUUUUAAACCGAUUGGUUGGGUAAAAACAAUCAACGGCAAAACAAUCUCGAGAAACGCAAAGCCUCAAUUCCCACUUAAGAGUAGGUCCCGGAGAGAGACCGUACGCCUGUCAGCACUGCGGCGAAAUGUUCAGUCAAAAAGAGAGCCUUAAAGUCCACACGAAAGCUCACGCGGAAAAGAAACCGUUCGUAUGCUCUCUGUGCGGACAGAGCUUUACACGGGAGAGUCACCUUAUUAUCCACACGAGGAUCCACACGGGAGAGAGACCUUUCGCCUGCGAGCAGUGCGGGAAGAGUUUCAGACGAAAUGGAGAUCUCAAGACUCACAUGACGAUACACACCGGAGAGAGACCGCACACCUGCACCGAGUGCGGCAAGUAUUUCACCCAGAAAAAAAACCUUAAAGUGCACACGAGAAUUCACACCGGAGAGAAACCGUACACCUGCCAGCUGUGCGAGAUGAGCUUCCUACGGAGCGGAGGUCUCCGGAGUCACAUGAGAGUUCACACCGGAGUGAAGCCUCACGCCUGUAAACUGUGCGGAAAGAGUUUCACGCGUCGUGAGAACUUCACGUCUCACAUGAGGGUUCACACCGGAGAGAGGCCGUUCGUGUGCGUUCUGUGCGGAAAGAGUUUCAGCUACAAGGAAAGCCUCAAUUAUCACACGGCGCUUCACUCGAGAGAAAACCGCUUUAAAUGCCAGCAGUGUCAAAGUCGUUUCGCGGACGCGAGUCGCCUCGAGGAUCAUGUUCGAAUUCACGUCGGAGAAAAGCCGUUCAUGUGCCGUCACUGUGGGAAGAGUUUAAAAAACAGCUCGAAGCUUGAGAUCCACGCAAGAGUUCACACGGGAGAGAAAUCGUUCGCCUGCUCUCAGUGUGGAAAGAGUUUCACGGUAAAAAGGAACCUAAAGGUUCAUGAGAAUUUACACAGGAGGAAGAUUCACCAAUCCAAGCAAGCGGAAAUCACUUGCUAACUCAUUUCAGUAAGAAAUUGCAGUUCUUCUCCAAAAAGGAGCAGCAACUUUUUGAUUUCUACUUUCUCGUUUCUUUAGAAAGGUAUUACGUUAAAAGUAAUAUCCCGAUUUUGAGACUAUCUUCGUGAUUGUAUGACAUUUGAACUCCUUCUGAUGGGUCUCGUUUUUAGAUUUCUUGAAUAUUUUACUAACUCAAGAGUUCCUCCUACACAACACUCGAAGAUGUACAAAUCUCCUAACUAAAGAAACCAAUGGUUGGAUAUCGAAAACUGGUUCCAUUUUAGAAGCAGGUUAACAUUUCCAAGAACUAGUUAUUUGAUAAGUUGGUUUAUCAGGAGUAUAUUGGUUAAAAACGUAGGUAAAAGUUCCUAUUGUGUGUUCGGUGUUGUUUUUUUCAUGUUAUUUAUCUGCAAUUGAAUGCUUUGUAAAAAGACAAUAAAUCUGCUGUCUGUU